CGCGGCCGGGCCCGCGGUGAGCGAUGUCCCUGGCGGAGCGGCGGCGGCGGCGGCAGCAGCAGGAGGAGGAAGAGGAGCGGGAAGGGGAAGCAGGGGAUGGGGCCGGUGCCGGGGAGGAGGUGGUGCAGAUCCGCCUGGGGGACAAGUGCUACCCGGUGUGCAAGAGGAAGCUGAUCGAGCAGAGCGACUAUUUCCGAGCGCUCUACCGCUCGGGCAUGCGGGAGGCAGGGCAGGGCCAGGAGGAGCAGCUGCUGCGCGGGGGGCUGAGCGCCCUGGGGCUGGAGCUGGUGCUGGACUUCAUCAACACGUCCUGCCUGGCCAGGCUGGAGCAGGAGGAGGGCGGCGAGGAGGAGCCGCCGCUGCUGGAGGAGCUGGUGGAGGCCGCGUCCUACCUGCAGGUCACGCCCCUGCUGCGGCUGCUGCUGUCGCAGGUGCGCCUGGGCAACUGCUUCGAGCUGCACCGCCUGGCGCAGGUGUACGGCCUGCAGGACCUGCACGACGCCUGCCUGGACUUCAUGGCCGCCCACUACCACCAGGUGCUGCGCAGGCCCGACGCCCGCCCGCACCUCCUGCUGCCCCCGGCGCUGCAGCAGCAGCUGCGGGAGCGGCGCAUGAGGGGCACGGCCACGCUGGUGCUGCUCGGGGACUUCAUGGGCCCGCCGGGGCUGCCCGCCGGCUGUCACCCCGCGGGGGACGCGCCCUGGGCCAUGCUCCGCUACGACGAGGAGGCGCAGCGGUGGCUGCCGCUGGCCAACAACCUGCCCGCAGACCUGGUGAGCGUCCGCGGCUACGGCUCGGCCACGCUGGACAAUUACCUGUUCAUCGUCGGCGGCUACCGCAUCACCAGCCAGGAGAUCUCGGCCGCGCACUGCUACAACCCAUGCCUGAACGAGUGGAGCCAGCUGGCCUCGAUGAACCAGAAGAGGUCCAACUUCAAGCUGCUGGCUGUCAGUGGGAAGCUCUAUGCCAUCGGUGGCCAGUCCCUUUCCAACGUGGAGUGCUACAACCCGGAGAACGACUGGUGGAAUUUUGUGGCGUCCAUGCCAAACCCUCUUGCAGAAUUCUCAGCUUGUGAAUGCAAAGGCAAGAUCUAUGUCAUUGGAGGAUACACUGCACGAGGCAGGAACAUGAGCAUCCUGCAGUACUGCCCCACUUCCGAUUCCUGGACCAACUUGGAGCUGUGCGACGUGCACGUGCGCAAGCAGCAGAUGCUGUCUGUGGAGGAGACCAUCUACCUGGUGGGGGGCUGCAUCCUGGAGCCAGGGCCCGGCCACAGGUCCAGCCCCAGCGAGGACGUGCUGACCGUGCAGUCCUACAACAUCGCCACCAAAGAGUGGCUCUACCUCAACGAGAACUCUUCCAAAUCCGGCCUUAACUUGACUUGCACGCUCCACAACGAUGGAGUCUAUAUCUUGAGUAGGAAUAUUACUCUGUCUUCCAGCUUGGAGCAGCGUCUCUUCCUGAAGUACAACAUCUUCACGGACACUUGGGAGACCCUGGGGCGCUUCCCAGCCUUUGGACAGAACAUUCUGAUCUGUUCUAUGUAUUUGCCUGAUGGGCGAAAAGUGUAGCAGCAGCAGGUUUUCUUUUCAGUUCAUUAUGUUUUUUUUGAUAAAAUAUUGCUCCCUUUGAGUAAUUCCAUUUUCAGAAAGUCAUCUGGUUGCAUAAUGCAGGCAUAAAAUACUGAUUCUGUUCUCUAAAAAGGUUUCAGAAUUCAGUAUGAAGAGAAAUGCUUCCAGAAGCAUUUUUAAGAUGUGGAUUUGAAAAUUUUACUAGUUUGGAUUAAAAUUUCAGCAGGUAUUGUUUGCAAUUUAAACGUAAAAUUAUUGUAUUGGCAACUGAUGCAGGAGUUCCAAAGGCAAAACUGAUCAGUCUGGUUUUAUUCUUUGUCUUAGUAGACAGUGUAGAACAAAACAUAUACAUUUUAAAAGCGGAAACAAUUCAAUAAAGUAAAUAAUUAGUAUAAUCAAAA